CGGGCUCCAGACUCGCUGUGGUCAAGUUCACCAUGCGAGGGUGUGGACCGUCUUUAAGGAUUGCCCCAGCAUUCAGUUCUAUGAGUAAUAAGUAUCCACAGGCAGUUUUCUUGCAAGUUGAUGUACAUCAGUAUGAGGGGACAGCUGCCACCAACAAUAUAUCAGCAGCACCUACAUUUCUGUUUUUUCGAAACAAAGUGAGACUUGAUCAAUAUCAAGGAGCAGAUGCUGUUGGAUUAGAAGAAAAAAUCAAGCAGCACUUAGAAAAUGACCCUGGAAGCAACGAGGACACAGAUAUUCCAAAAGGCUAUAUGGAUUUAAUGCCUUUUAUUAACAAAGCUGGUUGUGAAUGUCUUAAUGAAAGUGAUGAGCAUGGAUUUGACAACUGUUUGAGAAAAGAUAUGACCUUCUUGGAAUCUGAUUGUGAUGAACAGCUGCUUAUUACUGUGGCAUUUAAUCAACCUGUUAAGCUUUAUUCAAUGAAAUUUCAAGGACCAGAUAAUGGUCAGGGUCCUAAAUAUGUAAAAAUUUUUAUCAAUCUGCCCCGAUCUAUGGAUUUUGAAGAAGCAGAAAGAAGUGAACCAACUCAAGCUCUGGAACUAACAGAGGAUGAUAUUAAAGAAGAUGGCAUUGUCCCACUUUGUUAUGUUAAGUUUCAGAAUGUUAACAGUGUAACUAUAUUCAUUCAGUCCAAUCAAGGUGAAGAAGAAACAACAAGAAUUUCGGAUUUUACUUUUAUUGGUACUCCAGUCCAGGCAACAAAUAUGAAUGACUUCAAACGAGUAGUUGGCAAAAAGGGAGAAAGCCACCAAGGUACAAAAGACACUGGAAGACCAUAUUGCAAUCCAAUCUACAGCUCCUGGAUAAUUGCUUGAUUCUCAUCCCAGACUGUCAAUAUUCCAUUCAUUGCCAUUACCAAUAAAUCAUUGCUUUUGUUCGGAUGAUAUCAGUAGUGUUUUUGUUGUAAUCUUGAUACAUGCAAUUGUAAAUAAAAGUCACUACUUUUGCCAAGCUUAAAAAAAAAAAA